AAAAUAGUUUGGGAAAGAAUCCGUGGAAUUCAUUUCCUGUGAAAGUUAGUCGUAGUGGCGCAGAGAUGCAGACUCUGUGUCUCAGGAAAAACAUGCGGAGUGAAGUUUAACUAAACAGCUUUUAUUUGUUGUAUUUUUUCAUCAUCAUUGUAAGCUCGUGCUCAGCAGGGAGGAACACACUGCGGGAAUGGCUGAGCCUUUACUGAAGCGGACCUUGUCCAAGCUGCGGGGGAAAGACAGAUCCCGCCGCAAAACCGACCCCAGACUCAACGAUGGACCGAGGAAGACAGAGCUCGUCCACAGCUCUUCAUCAUCCUCGGUGACUGAGAUGGAAGAGGAAUUCACAAGACACACACAGAUCACCGUGUCUAAAAAACAGAACUGGGCCAAGCUCUCAUCCACCUCCCGGGAUGUGGAACAGCUCUCAAGCCUGAGCUCGGUGUCCCAGGAGCGCGAAAGCAGCUCGGGCAAGCCCCAGGCUUCCAAACAGGCGUCUUUCAGGGAGAAUGGGUUCGAGGGGAGAUGGAAAGAUUUACAUAAAGACGGAACCUACCCCAGAGCUUUCCAGAAGGCCGACAUGGCUGACAGUGCUGACAUGGCCGACACAGGUCUUCCAGAGUUGGUAACACCUCCGGUCACGGAUUACUGCACCUCCUUGGGCAUGAGUAAGCUCUCCGGGCAGGGAGUGUACCUUCAGCACCUGGAGAGGAGUAGCCGAGCUUGGGUGCUAUCCUCAGGAAAGACCCAGGCUCCGGAUGAGGCCUACACAGCCUGCUUCACAGAGCGAAGGCACGUGACUGAGAGCGAGAGCAACAUUUGGUACAACCCAAUCCCAGAGGAAGAGGACACUCGAGCCAGCGUGGAGAAGCUGAAAGAGAAGGAGAAGGAUGUACUUGAAGAUCCAUGGAGAAGAAGAGAGGUAGAGGGAGCACCAGAGGAGCGGAGAGAUAUUCUUCAACAGUCUUGUCACCCCGAUGCUCUUUAUCUGGGUAGCAGCAGCGGAGGUGCUAGUAGUGUUAGUGAAGGUGCUAGCGGGGCUGCUAGUGGUUCAGCAGGCUCUUCUGGAAGUCCUGGAGCACAAACGAAAAGCUCAGGAGGAAUCACGAGCAGCAGCAGCAUGAUGGAGAAGAUUAAAUCCCCCGGCACAGUACGGCGUCUCUCUAUGAAGAUGCGCAAGCUCCCAGAACUGCGUCGUAAGCUCAGUCUGCGCUCGUCACGUAACCAGCGGCACGUUCAAGGACAAGGGGGUGGCAAUGAUGCACCAGGGGGCACCGACGAGGCCUCACCACCCAACACACGUAAAGAAUCCUCCAACAAUGUCAUCACCAGGUACCAUCUGGACACCAGCGCUCCCGCCAGACCGAGGCGUCGAUCAUCACGCAUGCGUUCUGCUAGCAAAGGUGGUUAUCUAAGCGACGGCGACUCCCCUGAGCUUCUGCCCAAGCAGGAUUCGAGUCAGGGUUUGACCGAGGGGUCUCAGGGAACGUGUCAAGAGACCCAGGAGUCACCCCAAGCUCCUUCACACCGCGGGUGGCAGGAUGCAGUCGGGUCAUUCCGGCACUACUCACUAGCAGAGCAGCCGAGGUGCGCCCAGAGAGUGUCAGGCCUCCUCACGGUGCAUCUGCUCGGUGUCUCUGAACUUGUGCGAUCUCGCACCACUAAAGACGUCUUCUGUGCCAUCCAGGUGGAUGGAGUGACGCGAGCCCGCACCGCUUUGCUCACCUGCCAGGAUACGUCACUCCCGCUAAACCACACCUUCAACCUGGAGCUGGAGCGAGCUCGCAUGCUAAAGCUAAUUGUUCUCACACCAGCUGCUAACGCUGUGGAUGGAUCCACAGGCCUCAGUGGUCAAACACGCAACCGGGUAUGCUGCCUCGGCGCUGUGGCAAUCCCCCCGCUGUUUAAAGCCUCCAGGACUCAGCAGCUGUGUGUGAAGCUGGAGCCGAGGGGUUUGCUGUAUGUGAAGCUGACUCUGUUGGAGCAGUGGGAGGCGCCGUCGCCCCGCCUCAGUGAGCUGCCGCCCCCCUCCGUAUUCGGCGUGGAGCUGCGCCGCCUGGUGGAGAAAGAGGCCUGCGUUCCCAAAGUGCCUCUCAUCAUUCAGAAAUGUGUGGCUGAGAUUGAAAAGCGGGGACUCAAGGUUGUGGGUCUGUAUCGUCUCUGUGGCUCUGCGGCUGUUAAGAAGGAGCUGCGUGAUGCAUUUGAGAAGGACAGUGCGGCUGUCACUCUCAAUGAAGAGCUGUACCCUGACAUCAAUGUCAUUACUGGCAUUCUGAAGGAUUAUCUGCGUGAGCUGCCUUCACCGCUCAUCACGCGGACUCUGUAUGAGGUGGUGCUGGAGGCCAUGUGUGUUAGACCAGCGUGCAGGAAUGACGACACACACAGAUCACACAACACCGUCGCCCUGCUGCAGUGUCUACCUGAACCAGAGAGGGCCACACUGUCUCUCCUGUUGGAUCAUCUGAGUCUGGUGGCUUCCUUCAGCGACUGUAAUCUGAUGACAUGUCAGAACCUUGCUGUGUGUUUCGGCCCGGUUCUGCUCACUCCGACGCAGGACUCAUGGAAAGGGGCAGGGCCUGGCGCUUUCCCAUCAGCCCCUGCAGGACCCGGAAGCAACCUGGGAGGAAGAAGCUUCACACAGCAGAGCAUGGAGAUGGCCAGUGCUGUGGACUUCAAGCGGCACAUCGAGGCUCUACACUAUCUGCUGCAGCUCUGGCCGAUUCCAACAGGAAGAGUGCCAGCUCAAUCACCCUACCGUUCAGAGGAUGAAGAGGCUCCUCCCUCCCAGAAUUCCCUGCAGCGUUGUGCUCAGCGCCCGUCAUUACGCAUGGAGCUGCCGUUACCACAGGACGUGGCGGUGGUGUCGCGCAGGGGGCGUGGCCGCCUGGAAAGCCCACCCUGUAAUCGCUAUGCUGGCGACUGGAGCGUGUGUGGGCGGGACUUCCUGACCAACGAUGACGCCGAUUACGACGAGGUGGCAGGCAGUGAGAGCGAUGAGGACGAGGAGAAGAAAAAGGACUGGGUGUACACGGACGAUUUUGCGCUGGACUUUGACGCACCGUUUACAUGCAGACUGAGUCUAAAAGACUUUGAUAACCUAAUUUCAGACCUGGAGCGUGAACUCGCCAAACAGAUCAACAUCUGCCUCUGAGCACCGCCUCCAUGUAAAUCCCGUAUCUGCACUGAACUGAAGUCAUUCAGCAGGAAAUACAGAAUUAACUAUGUGCUAUGAAUCAAAUAACAGUUAGCUUAGAUGGUGUUGAUCAGCCAAGACAUGAUGUGUCUCUCCAUCUGGAAUGUGCUAAUUUUGUUUUAAAAAUUAUUUUUGCUCUGAAGCUGUGAGGCUAGUGUAGCUAAGUAAUGGAAACUCCACUUUAGUGCUGUGAAGAACCUCAAACCAUCCAAAAAAAAAAAAAACUCACACUGCAAUAAUCUCAGACAUGCUUAUAUGUUUAUAUACAUGGACAUUUUAUAGACAUGCUUAUACACUGUUAUCUUUAAAAAUUGACAAAAGGACCUCACAGAGCUAAAAACAGUCGUAGCUGCAGCCAUUUUGAGGUUGAAGUUCUUCUUCAGCACAUAGAUUGGUAUCAACAAAAGCAUAAGACUCACCUAUAAGGUGUGGCACAAAAAUGGAAGGCUCAGUGGUAUUUUUGAAUGAUUUGGAUGAUAAUACAAUUCACAUUUUAUUUGUGAAUGUUUAUUUACACAAUGCUAAACUGGAUUCUAUAACUUUCCCCUGCUUCUUAGGUACAUUAGCCUUGCAGUAGCUCCAGUAGAAAAAUUAAAUAAGCAAUCUUCAGACACCUUCGUGUCUUGGCUGACUGGUGAAGGGGAUUAAAACCUGGAGUAUGCACGUAAUUAAAGACCUGAUGCUGGAAAAAUGCACUGCAGAUACAGGCGUUCAUGUGGGCGGUUUAAUGAUGAAGGUUGACGAUAAGCAGGUUCUUCUGCUUUAGUAAAGUGUGAAGUUAUAUUUAAUAGAAAACCCAGACAGAGGUGUGUGUAGGGCAAGUCAAAUCCUGCAGAGCCUCAGAAGCACAGAGUUUAGUUUUCAUUCCCAGCACAAACACAAUACAGCAGACCUGAUUCGUCUAGUUUCCUAGGGAUUCCUUUGAUAACUUCUGGUCUGAUGUCAUUAUAAUUGCAUUAAUACUCAAAAUCAUAGUGUUACACCCCAGCCCAUUAAAAUACCACCAUCAUCUCUGCCUUUAUGGUCAGGAUUCACUAACACUGCACUACUGACUGCAGUUAGUACACGAUUUUAUACUACACCAUUUAUUAUACACUUCCUGCAGAGUUUCCUAGCAGUUUGAUGUUAAAUUAUAACAUGUCGCUUAACACAGCGCUUGCUAGAGGGCACAAUCUCGUCUCACGGUGCAGAUUCUUAGCUCUGUUUAAGCAGGAAGGAAACAUGCAAUGAUUCUUCCGUUCAGAAAAAAAAAAUUCUUUUGGAACACAUUACUACUUUCAGGUCUGAGAGCAUCAUAGCUGCGUGAAAACUCAAAGAUGAUGUGGAUGGCCGUACCCUGAUCCCUUCAGGAGGCAGCUGCUUAGACACCUUUCCAUUUGGAAAGCAGAAUAAGGAAAGCUAAUUACUAAGGUUACUUGUUUUAGUCAAAUUUGGGGGUCCCUGGAGGACCAGUGGCUAGGCGACAGUGCCCUCACCACCGCGGCCCAGACUCCACUCCCGACCAGGGAACCCACCGCAGCAACUGGGGUUGCGUGCAACAGUGCGCGUUGCGCAACAGCAUGGUUGAAUUCUCUUAUCUGAUUGGUCAGAAGCUGUGUUAUUUUUGUAUAACAGCACGACUUGGCCAGUAGUUCCAGCUGUCACAUGAAUGAUACGUUAAUAUCAGUGACCUUGCUCAAAUACGUUAUUAUUUCUAUAGUAACAGCUUUCCUUGUACACAGACCUGUAGAACAGCAUGAGCAGCAGUUCAGAAAGAUGCAGUUAGCUGGCUUCACAUGUCUCAGAAGCAUGUGUUAGCCUUCACCCUCCCCGGUUGGUAGGUGUUGUGUGAUAGGGCAGAGUUAGCUAGUGGGUGGGAAUUGACAGGAAAAUCUGUGUCGGCCUAUGCAGCUGCCUCCUAAAGAAAAAAGUGAUUUGCAAGAUUUCUGUUAGGCAUAAUGCUCAUCUCCCUAAAUAAAUGUUUCAGUUAGGCUAUAUUUCAGCCUUAAACAAUCUCCUCUUCUCUACUUAUGGUCAGAAUUUUCACUUCAUUACUGACUUAUUCUUAUUGUCUACAAAUUGUUAGGGCUAAAUCUGCAUUUUCGAUACACGACUAUUGAUUUAAAGCAGCAGGAAAGCCUGUGCAGUGCCUAUUUUUGCACGUCUUCUUUCCCCCUGAAAUAAAUCUUCCCAUCCAGUGUGACCCGCCAGCAGCACUUGGGCCAAAUAUUGUGUAAAGUUUUCCACUGGGACAUUCCGCUACAGGUCCAAUCUUAAUGCUUGGGAUGGUUUACCCGUUCUGUUCCUGAGUUCAUAAAGAUUGCAUUUUAUUAUCAUACUGAUGUGUUUCCUGUGCCAAACAGCAGUCAGUGAUGCCUUAAUGAAAACACAAUCUUCUCCUUAACCUAAAUGUAGUCUAUGAGCCAGCACAAAGUCCUAGGAUUUGGACUCUGAACUUUUUGGUCUCUAGUGAUGCCCCCAACCUCUGAGCUACCAGUCAGGUGUUUGGAUUGCAGUAAUAUUCAGUAUUAGAGAGAAACUGCAUUUUGCUUUCAUUUAGAAGGAUUGAUUACUUAAUUUGCACAGUUCACUUUGAGCUUGUCAGCAUUUCAGCAAAGAAGAAAGAAUGAGCAAAUAAAGAAUCCACAUUUGCAGGAUCGUUUAGCCUCAAAAACAAGCACAACGUGGAUCAGCUAAUCAGGACACACACACACACACCCCACUUUCUAAAAACUUCCAGACCAAAGACAUGUUUGUUGGUUCUUUUUGCACUUCUGUAUUGCGUAUAUGGUUAUAUGAUGUUGCUGCUUACUUGGUCGAGUGCAGUACAAGGUGUUGCCGUUGCUGGUGUAGCACUGUUUCUUUAACAUUUGAGCACGGUACAUAUGUUUAUCCGACUGUGAUUUAGUUAAUAAAAAAAAAAGAAGAUGAAAAAAAGGACAUAAGGAAUUCAAAGGCCAUUACUGAGCAAUGGUUUGCUCAUCAUGAAAAAAUGUUUAAAUCAUUUUUAUUCUAUUUGAUUUUGUUCUAUACAGUAUUAUUUUGUAUUGCACAUUUACAGCAAGCACUUAUUUUUUUCUGUUUACUAUGCCUAUGUGUACUAGUGUAAAAAAAAUACUCUUAAAUUGGUACCUUUAAGUACCCUUCAGUGUUAACCAAAUACAAAUAAAAGCACAGUAUUAUAAUUCCUCAAGAAAUUUCUCAAGUCAUAAUGAUUAAACCAGUAUUGCAUUCAA